CUCCACUGAAAGCUUGAAAAGGGCGGAAGUAUCUGAAACGGGCGGGAAGUUAGAGUUUCUCUAACCUUCCGUGAAACUAGAAAAAUUGACACGUUCUGGGUUUUCCUCCUUGUUAAUGCUUUAGGAUGGCCGACAAAAAUCUGGUCCAGCAGUUGAAGCGAUGGGCGACUGAGGAGUUUAACCUCCCCGCGGACAGGCUGCCUAAUGACAGCUACUUUAAAACCCUAUGCGUUGGUACCGGGAAGUCAAUAUGGACUUAUAUCAUCCAUCAUGUUUAUCAACAAAGGAAUGUUCAGAUGAUGCGAGGGAAUCUUCAGUGGUACAAAGUUCUUCAAGACAAAGAAUCAAAGCAGAAGGAGGGAGAGAGUGUGGCUGAACAGCAGAGUAAACUUCAAAAGAAAAUAGAGCAGCUGCGUGCUGAAAUUGGUUACCUGGACACUCAGAUCAGUGCAACUGAAGAACAGAUGGCCACUCAAGAGCAGUCAAUAAACUGCACCUGGUCUCAGGUGCAGGACAGCCGGACCAGGGAUUUGCUUCUGCAGGCCUUUAGGCAGCGGUGCGCCUCUGGCCGCAUGUUGCUAGCUGAUGAUAUACAAGCAGUCAAUGGUUACUACAAGACACUGGAGCAAAUGAAACGUAAAGCUGAGGUCGAGGUGAUGUUUGAAAGCCAGUCACCCAUUAGCAAUGACGGCUACAAGGUGAACAGCAAUGCUGCCACUGAAGCCCAGGUUCUGUGUGAAGUCAGACAGCUUUGUCAGGAACGGGUCCAAUUUUUUCAGUCUUUACAAGAGAGUGAACUGAAAACAGACUCGGCAGCAAAUCACAUGUGGACUACGAUGUUCCAUUACUGGUUAAAUUCAGUGGAGCAGAAUCUGUUGGCUUCUUAUCCUCCAAACCAAAUAAUAUCAGCACUGCAAUACCUGGCCUCCAAGGAGCAGAAUGAACUGGAGGAAAAAGUUUCCUCAUUGGACAUAACAAAAGAUGUGUCUGCUCUCGGGUUCCGUUACGAAGGUGAUCAUCUACAUGACACUACAGAAGAAGAGAAGAACUUGCCGUCUGUAAAGGCCCUUUUACAGGCUGCAUGGCAAGAUGUGGAGAAUAGUUUUGUUGAACUAGCGCAAACUCGAACCAGAGUACAGCAGCUUCGGAAGCAGCUGCUGGCCUGCAGGAAAGAGGCUGAGCAGCAGGUGUCUGGUGGUUCUGACAAGCUCAUCGAAGACUCGACUCUGGGCCAAUCCUCUCUGGACCUGGAACUGCAGUGUGUGAUGCAGACUGCUGCUCGGGAUUACAUCAGAGAUUGGUGUGUCCAGCUUGACCAGCAGGCCAGAAGUCGACAAGAGACACUCAAAAGUCUUAAAAAAGAAGAGAAGAAUAUUCUGGACUUCAGAAAACAAGUGAUCCACAGGCAGGAGCAGAUCAGAUGCUUGAUUGAAGGAAACUCAACAGCCAAGAAAGAGUUGAUCCGUUUGCACAAAGAGCUACAGGGCUUCCUCCGGGAUGAAGUAGUCAUACAGUUUGACAGCAUCACCGCUGCAGCCAGGGCUCUCAGAAACAAUAUUUCAAAGGAAACCAGGCAGUUUGGUUCAAUCUCCCUCAAUGGUCUCGACCGCAGGACUGUCGAAGGAGAACAGAGAACUCCUGCGUCACGGCUGUCCAUACAUCGCCUGCAUGACCCGACUUUCAGCAGUUUGUGUCACACUUUAGACUUCCCCAUGUACAAGGCUCCAGAGGAGUUCAUCUACCAGGCCUGCCACAAGCGGCUCGAACUACGCUUUCUCCGCCAGCUACUGCAUCGUCACUCAGUCACGCUGCAGAAAACACAGAAGGAUUCCAAGCUGCUGCGGGAAGCCGAUCACAAAGCUUUACUGGCACAAGUCACCGAGGAGGACCAGAAGCUGCUGAGUACAUUGAUACCGAGAGUUCGCGCCCUUGUUAAACGCACUUCACAGGGCUUGUCUUAUGGGCAUCAAGUCAAAACUGCCAUCUCUUACUGGUGGGAUCAACCGGUACAGCAUGUUCUACCGGAGGUCACAAAAGGAGGACUGACCUUUCAACAGUGGCUACAGAGAUGGAGACUUGCAACUCAAGACCUGUAAAAAGAUUGUCUCUAACUAUGAUCUGAAUCGCCUACAUGUUUUUUUUUUCACUGUUUUGUUGAAUAAUCACUUUCACUAAUAAAUGUU